GGACGGCGCCGGCGCUCUUGGCGUUGGUAGGGCUGAGAAAUGACAUAAAUAACGAAAGACAAGUGAGGCCCUUUUCGGGGUCUCACCAAUUCCCAUUUGUUUCCACGUUUCUAGUCUUCUCUCACUUCUCAUGGUCGGAACGAUCACUUGAGACUACCUUUUUACGACACACUUACAUGCCAAUUGGAACACCAAGAUCGGCCUGCACACUCUCUACCCGUCAGAAUGCCACCCCGACGCAGCGCUAGGGCCGCUGCGGCCGCUGCGCCAUCUGCCUCCCAGCCCGCUUCGCAAUCUGCCUCACCGUUGGAGGAUUGUGUCGUCGCUAUCAGCGGCGCCUUUCCCAACUUGACGCAGGCCCAGACCAAGGACAAAAUCACUUCCCUAGGCGGCACAGUCUCGCCGUCCGUCAACAACAAAACCACACAUUUGAUCACCACCGAGCAAGACUUCUUGGCCAAUACUACCAAGGUCAAGGCUGCCACAGCAAAGGACAUCCUGAUCGUUAGGUACGAUUGGCUAUCUGAUUGUGAGACCAAGGGCAAGCGACUCCCUGAGAAGCAGUAUGAUGUUAGCGCCAAAGCCAAUGCUGCGCAGGCCGUCGUUCAGUCUCAGCAGUCGCAGGCUGCUUCCAAGGCCAAAGGCACCAAGAAGCGCGCCGCCAGUGUCGCUUCUGAUGACGAAUCAGACAAAGACAAAGGCAAACAGCCGGCGAAAAAGAGAAAGGCCGCCAACGGCAAAGCCAAUGGCAAAGCUAACGGCAACGCCGAUGCUACCAAGCAAGAGUCUGAAGAUGAAUCAGAGCCCGCCAAAGCAAAACCUGCCAAGGGAAAGAAGGCUGUCAAGAAAGAGGUCGAGGAGGAGCCCAAGGUCGAUGGGCAGGUUGCCAAGUCAAAGGAUGUCCAUGUUCCCCUGGAUGAGGGAUGCUUACUCAGCGGCUAUUCUGUCUACAUAGACUCCAACGGCCACAUCUGGGACGCGUCACUCAACCAGACAAACGCGAGUAACAACAACAACAAGUUCUACCGCCUUCAAGUUAUCAGGAACGCGCAGGGUGACUUCCAAACCUGGACUCGCUGGGGCCGUGUUGGUGAACGAGGCUCAACUGCAACGCUUGGUAGCGGCACAGAGGAGUCGGCGAUUAGCCAGUUUGAGAAGAAGUUCAAGGACAAGUCAGGGCUUGACUGGGCCAACCGGAUGGCGCCGCCCAAGCCCAAGAAGUACACUUUCAUCGAACGCAGUUACAACCAAGACUCGGACGAGGAGGAGGAGGCUGCUGAAGAGGAGGAGAAAGAUGACAAAUGGGUGCCUCCUGAGUGCACGCUCGAAGAACCGGUUCAGGAUCUCAUGAAGCUCAUCUUCAACCAGCAGUACUUUGACGCGGCAAUGUCGUCGCUCAACUAUGACGCAAACAAACUGCCCCUGGGAAAGCUCAGCAAGCAAACCAUUAGUCGUGGUUUCCAAGCUUUGAAGGAACUGUCGGCUCUCCUGGAUGAUUCUUCCAUAGCCGCGACGUUAUACCCUGACAUGACUGUCCAACAAGCCAUCGAGCAUCUGUCCAAUGCUUACUACUCUGUCAUCCCACACGCCUUUGGACGCAACAGGCCUCCCGUUAUUCAGGAAAGCAGUCUCCUGAAGAAGGAGGUUGAAUUGAUGGAAAGCUUGAGCGACAUGAAGGACGCCUCCAACAUUAUGGGCAAGGACAAGGUCGGCGAUCCAGUACACCCGUUGACCAAGAUGUACAACGGUCUCAAUCUGAGGGAGAUGACGGCUCUUGAGAAAGAUUCCAACGAGUACCGUUUGCUCAAGGAGUACCUCAACGACUCGCGGGGUCAAACACAUGGCCACAACUACACGGUCCGGGAGAUCUUCCGUAUCGAGCGUGAAGGCGAAAAGGAGCGAUUCGAGAAGCAGUCGCCCAUCAGCGACGCUGGAGAUCGGAGGCUUCUGUGGCACGGCUCGCGUGUCACCAACUAUGGAGGUAUCCUCAGCCAGGGUCUCCGAAUCGCGCCACCCGAGGCUCCUGUGUCGGGUUACAUGUUUGGCAAGGGCAUCUACCUGGCAGACAUGUCAUCGAAAUCGGCCAACUACUGCUGCUCUUACAUCUCAGGGAAUGAGGCGCUCCUCCUGCUCUGCGAAGCGCAGCUUGGCGACCCCAUGCAGGAGCUGACCGACUCGGACUACAACGCUGGCGAGAAUGCCGCAGAGAAGGGGAUGUACUCAACGUGGGGUCGUGGUAUGACUGGGCCCUCAAAGUGGAAGGAUGCUGCCGGUGUGCAUGAUAGCCUCAAGGGCGUCAAGAUGCCCGACACAAGCGUCAAGCCGGGCAAUACGAACUAUCCCAAUGCGUGGUUGCAGUACAACGAGUACAUCGUCUAUGAUCUGGCGCAAGUGCGCCUCCGGUACCUGUUGCGGGUCAAGAUGUAAUUCUUUGGCUGGCAUGCAGAUGACCGCAAGUGGUUGCCUAUAUCCUUUUGGUCGGUGGACGGGACGACCAUGAAACCAAGGCUGGUUGCCAUUUAUGAUGGCUUCAAGAGCAUGAUGACAUACGACCCACAUUUGCUUUAUAUACAAGUCUCUUGCUAAUUUAUGAGGAUGUUUCAUGGCAACUCAAAAUUUCUGGCUGUUUUAUUUCAUC